GGUUGGUGAUGGAGAAUAUCAUAUGAAGAAGCUUUCUUCUGCGAGGAAGUCCUUACCUCCCUUUGCAAAUGGGUCCCUAGAAGUUUGUGAGCCCACCACGUUGCACCCCUCCUCUUAAGAUUCCGACGGCCCAGUCCUCGACAAUUACCCCAUCAUCACUCACAUGCCAUCUCUCCUCCUCCGUGCAUUCAUUUCCGUAGUUUGUCGUCACUCUGAAUCCCUCUUUGGUCGUUAUUCUUCCUCCAGCUGGGAUUGUUUCAGGACCGCUGGAGUGAGAAUCCUUGGUUUCGGUCUCUUUUGGAUCCCGGUUUGUUUUGCGGGGUUGCAGAGUGUGUUAGUGAGUGAGUGCCUGCGUGAGUGAGUAAGGGAGGAGGUGCACAGACUGUAACGAGAUUUGCAUUCAUGGCUGUCGCGCAAGCCAUGUCCUCCUUUGACGCCGCUUUACAGCGCAAUGCUGUGAAUGUGGUCGCACGGGAUCCCCAUUUGCAUUCUGGGAAUCCUGUGCAGAGUGUGCUGAGGUACGGGGCGAGAAUUCGUUCGAGCUCAGCUCGAAAUGGGCGGAUUAGCAAGGACUUUGGGGGUGGUUUUGUGGCUCGCGAGGAACGGGUUGGAUCAAUUCUGGUGCACAGGACGAGGACCCAGCUUGCACCGAAAGCUUUGAGUGAGGAUGCCACUCCAGAGUUCUCGAAGGGAGGGGACGAGGAGGCUUUGCCUACCAGCGAUUACAAGCGAUGGGACGCAGUCACGGCACGCGUUGCUGAAUCUGCAACGGUGGCAUUCCUGCUUCUGCAACUGCCCCAAAUUGUCCUCAACACGCAGAAUCUCAUGUCGGGGAACCUCGUUGCCCUCACUGCCAUACCCUGGAUGGGCCAGUUGACAGGACUUCUUGGAAACUUGUCGCUUCUCUCGUACUUCGCAGGAAAGAGAGAGCGGGGCGCAACAAUUGUGCAAGCUGUGGGUGUGGUUUCCACUGGGGUUGUGCUGUCGCAGCUGGCAAUUGGAAAGGCAAUGCCCUUCCCAAUUUAUGUUGCAACAGCUUCCGUGGUGAUUAUUGGCCUUCUUCUUAACUGGCUGAGCUACUUCAACAAGCUUAGCCCUAGCCUCUGGCAGCUAUGGGGCGAUGCCGUCACCGUCGGUGGGCUUACGGUGCUUCCGCAGGUCAUGUGGUCAACAUUUGUGCCAUUCAUUCCGGCCUCCAUCCUCCCAGGCACCGUUUUUGGCGCGCUUGCUUUGCUACUGGCCAUUCUGGCUCGGCUCAACAAGCUGCCACCAUCUGCUUUAAAAUUCUACACAGGACUCUCGGCAUGGACAGCAACUCUUCUCUUUAUGUGGGGUCCUGUAGCGCAGGCGUGGUCGAAUUAUUUGAAUCCUUCCAACAUCAAGGGCUUGUCAGUCCUCACCAUCUUGCUCGCCAUGGCCGGCAAUGGUCUGCUACUGCCACGUGCUCUAUUCACCCGCGACCUGAUGUGGUUCACAGGAUCGUCUUGGGGUACUCUGCUACAGGGUUGGGGAAUCCUUGUCACUAUGUUUGUGUUUCAAGUUAUCAAUGAGGUAUAUUUCUACGGAGUCAGCGCUGUACUUGCGGUUUGGCUAGGCUGGAUGUUUGUUAAUGAUGCCAAAGCUUACUCGCUGCGGUCUCCCGUCGCGCCAUUGAUUGAACUGGUCACUGGAAGUAGGUCUGCGUAAUGUAAAAUCGACAAGUGUCUUACUCCUUCUCACUGCUUAUGUCACAUAUCUUGUGUUAGCGGUAACCUGCCCAGGUAACUGUAAAAUAGCGAGAGCGUCGUGCAGGACGAAUAGGCUUGCUGAAACUUGCACAAAUCCUCGCUCUUUGAGCCAGCAGAGUGAUGUCUUCACUUUUAGUGUAUGCCUAGACCUGUUAAUCUCGACCAAAACUGUUUAUUCAUUAUUCUAGAAGUCAACUACGGAUGCAAUGUGAGGAAGACGAAGUUUUCUAGAAGCCAGAUUGUAUGGUUAAAAUUGAUGCUUCUGGAUAUCCUCUUUGGAAGGUCCACUUUUGUGCAUAUCAAGUUUAUUCUUUGCUA